AUGCCUAGUUUUGAGUUGCGCUAUCUGAAUUUGAAUGGAAAAGCGGAGUCGAUCCGAUUACUAUUCGAAUAUCUGAAGGUACCUUAUGUCGAUUUUCGCCAAGAUUAUCUGGACUACUCCAAAACCAAGGCUAGUAAGUCACAAUAGAAAGCAUUAGGAGUAAUUUGUCAUCCCUUGAAAUGCAUUUUAGACCCUCCUUUGCCUCGAAUGCCCUACCUUAUAGUAGACGAUGGCUCCAAAGCUUUGGAGCUCUGUUAUACCAGUGUUAUCAUGGAAUAUGUUGCUGGAUUAUAUGGUAAAUAACACCAUUAGAGUAUAAACUAAACACUACGGUGAUGAUUUUUUGCAGGCCUAUUGCCAGAAAGCUAUAAGGACCAAAGUUUGGCCAGAUUAUGGGGUCAUAGGCUGGAUGAUUACAUAAAUGAGCUGAAACCGCUCUACUACUCGUUUUUAUAUACUGAAUUGUUCAAGACAGUAAGUAGAAUUUAUUUCUACAGCGAGAACCAUCUGUUUGUUUAGCAAAACGAUGCAAUCAAAACCGUAUUUUACCCAACAAUGAUGGAGGAUUUCUCGGUGCUGAUGGAAGCUCAGUUAACGAAAAAUGGAACUGGAUUUGUGGUCGGAAAUAAGGUAAGAGAUCAUAAUUCAUUAUUUAGGACCAAAUUUUAAGGAUUUGCGCUAUCUUGUUUUUGAAUUUUCAAAUUUUCCGCGGAAUUUUCAAAUUCUUGGCAUUGUGUUCUAGGGCUUGAAAAUUAGUCAAUAGCGUGUUUAUACUAGUUCUAGGACUUCCAUGAAGUAUAAUCUUUCCGUGAAGUACCAUUUUUAUUUUGAAUUUUCAAAUUUCCCGCCAAAUUUGAAAAAUCUUGGCAUUCUGUUAUAAGGCGUCUAUACCUCAAAUGUUCACAACUAAAUCGACGAUAGAGGCGAAUAAAGGCUUAAUAGAGUAUAUAAAAGCAAUUUUAGUGAGCAUCUUACCCAUCCUGAACAGGUUUUGAAAGAAAAAUGAAACUGAAAAUUUUUUUUAUUUUCAAUUUUUUAAAAUUUUGCCUUAGGGAACGAUUGCUAAAAAUUGUCUCAAAUUUAAUUUUAAUCCGUAUUUUAUUGAUAUUUCUUUCAGCUUUCCUGGAUUGACUUCUAUUGCGCCCACUUUGUUGAGCUGAACAUGAAGCUGGUGCCUGAGGCAAAUUACGCCAAAUUCCCCAAAAUUCAAGCGCAUCGAGAGCUCGUUUUCUCUCUCCCUGAGCUUCAGGACUAUUUGAAGACCAGAAAAAUUGAAAUUCUUUAA